CAGACCGGUAGCUGGGUCAAGGCCAGAAUGCUUUCGCGUCUCGCGCAAGGGACUAGGCUUCUUGCGCCAUAUAUGCGACAGCUUCCUGUCACAGCAUCAUUUAGUCAGGCCAAGCUGAACACUGAAAUCAAGGAUACAUCAGUCAAGGACAAGCCGUCUCAACCAAAAUCUGGCAUUAAUGUUCAAAAAGCACCUCAGAACUUGCAAACGAUCAAAGUUGAGCAUAAAGGCAAUGUCGCAGUCAUUAAAAUGGAUGUUGCUAAUAGCAAGGAAAAUCUGCUGAACGAUGCUUUAUCAGCUGAUCUCCAGACAGCAUUUGAACAGGCGAAGCGCGAUGACAGCGUAAAAGCAAUCGUUCUGAUGUCUGCAAAACCCAGUAGUUUUUUGGCCGGCGCCGAUUUGGGAAUGCUUAGCAAAGCUAAAACGCCUCAGGACGGAGUGGCAAUGUCAAGAAAGGGCCAAGAUGGAAUGAUGAAGAUAGAGCAGUCAAAGAAACCUGUGGUCGCUGCAAUUAUGGGCAGUUGCUUGGGCGGUGGUUGCGAACUGGCAAUGGCUUGUCAUUACCGUAUCGCUGUGAAUGAUCCAAUGACUCAAAUCGCAUUGCCUGAGGUCACGCUAGGACUUCUACCUGGAGCGGGAGGAACCCAAAGAAUAUUGAAGCUUGUGGCCCUCCCGAAUGCAUUGGAUGUGAUGUUGACAGGGAAGAAACUGAAAGCUGACAAGGCAAAAAAGAUCGGACUCGUAGAUUCUAUUGUUCAUCCUAUUGGUGCAGGUGUACAACCGGAGCCGAUCAAUACUCACAAAUACCUUGAGAAUGUAGCCGUGGAUACAGCUCAACAGCUUGCUAGUGGAGCGCUGAAAGUCGACCGAGAACCGAAGAUAUGGGAAAAGGGAUUGUCGAAGUUACUGUCAUACGAAUUUGUAACGGACAAGAUCGUCAUGAGGUAUCUCAAGGAUAAGGUCAUGAAGCAAACUGGAGGCAACUAUCCUGCUCCACUAAAAAUUUUGGAAACAGUACGCAAGGGUCUAGUCCAAGGCGUUACAGAAGGAUACUCCCACGAGUCUCAGUGUUUCGGCGAACUGAUGCACACAAAUCAAUCCAAAGCACUUGUGGGAUUGUUCAACGGGUCUGCGGAAUGCAGAAAGAACAAGUAUGGGAUUGGGAAGCCUGUGAAGGAAGUUGCUGUUGUGGGAGCAGGACUCAUGGGAGCAGGUAUCGCUGAUGUUACCAUCGAUAAAGGUCUAAAGUGUGUGCUGGUGGAUAGGGAUCAGCAGGGUUUGGAGCGUGGUCAAAAUCAAGUUGCCAACUAUAUGGAUAGUUUGGUCAAACGUCGGAAGUUUUCGAAGCUGGAUAAAGAAAGAACGGUCUGUAAUCUUGUCACCACCUGCGACUACGAUGCGAUGAAGAAUGCUAACGUUGUGAUUGAAGCCGUUUUUGAAGACUUACCUUUGAAACACAAGGUCAUAAAGCAGAUUGAAGGAAUUGUGGGCAAGGACACCAUCAUAGCCUCCAAUACAUCCGCUCUGCCAAUAAAAGAAAUUGCAAAAGUCUCCAGUCGUCCCGAUAAGGUGAUAGGCAUGCAUUACUUCUCUCCUGUUGAAAAAAUGCAGCUCCUAGAAGUUAUAGUCCAUGAUGGUACGUCAAAAGAAACUGUAGCAACGGCUGUCCAACUGGGACUGAAGCAAGGGAAGACUGUGGUUGUUGUUAAGGACUGCCCUGGAUUUUUCGUGGUACGGUGCUUAUCUCCAAUGAUGUCUGAAGUGAUCCGAUUGUUACAAGAAGGCGUACCUGCGCAGGAGAUUGACAAACUAAGCAGGCGGUUUGGUUUCCCUGUAGGAACUGCCACGCUUUCAGAUGAGGUUGGAUUGGAUGUUGCUGAGCAUGUUGCUAAGUUCCUAGGCGACGCGUUAGGACCCCGAGUGCGAGGAGGAUCGUCUGAUGUCCUCUCUGAUCUGGUAACGGCAGGGUUCAGAGGACGAAAAAGCAAAAAGGGUAUUUAUUCAUACCAGGAAGAUAUUCCGUUCCCGCUAUCCCUUAUACAAAGAGGAAAGAGCGUCAAUGGUGAUGCCUUGAAAAUUUUCGAUAAAUAUCGAUUGACUGCACCCCAAAAUUGCUCCUCUAUGGAAGACCAACAAUUACGUCUAGCCAGUAGAUAUGUUAAUGAAGCGUUAAUAUGCCUACAAGAAGGAGUGAUAGCUAGUCCCAUGGAGGGCGAUGUCGCAUCAGUGUUAGGUAUUGGAUUCCCACCAUUUUGGGGUGGACCAUUCCGAUUUGUAGAUCUGUAUGGAGCGAAGAAGUUGGUUAAUGUCAUGAAUAAGUUUGCAUCGGCAUAUCCCCCUGAGCAGUUCACUCCUUGUCAGCUUCUCAAGGAUCAUGCGCAGAGUGGAAAGAAGUUCUAUCCAUAG